AGCUGCUGUUAUAUGACAGAUGAAGGAUGUUCUGCACUGACUUCAGCUCUGAAAUCAAACCCAUCACAUCUGAGAGAGCUGGACCUUAGUGGGAAUAAACUAGGAGACUCUGGAGUGAAAAGCCUCAGUGAUCUACUGAUGAACCCACAAUUCAAACUGGAGAAACUACAUCUGUGUGAAUGCAGUAUUAAAGAGAAACAGUGUUUCAUCCUGACUUCAGCUCUGAAAUCAAACCCAUCACACCUGAGAGAGCUGGACCUCAGUAGGAAUGAACUAAAAAACACAGGGGUGAAUCACUUAUGUGAUGUACUGAAGGAUUCACACUGUAAACUGGAGAGACUGAGGUUAAGAUACUGUGAUGUGACAGAUGAAGGUUGUUCUGCUGUGGUUUUAGCUCUGAAAUCAAACCCGUCACACCUGAGAGAGCUGAAUCUGUGCAGGAAUGAACUAGGAGACUCUGGAGUGAAAAACCUCAGUGAUCUACUGAUGAACCCAGAAUGCAAACUGGAGAAACUAGAUUUGAGUGAAUGCAGUAUUACAUACGAACAGGGUCUCAUCCUGACUUCAGCUCUGAAAUCAAACCCAUCACACCUGAGAGAACUGGACCUCAGUGAGAAUCAAAUAAAAAACACAGGAAUGAGUCAAUUAUGUGACGUACUGAAGGAUCCACACUGUAAACUGGAGAGACUAAGUCUAAAUUUCUGUGGCAUUACAGACGUUUCUGCUUUAACUCAGUCUUUGACAAACACAAAAGCAUUGCAAUUUUUAAAAGAGCUUGAUCUGUCAAAAAAUAUGAUUGGAGACUCAGUUAAGCAGCUCAUUGAUGUGCUACGAGACUCAAACUGUAAACUAAAACAGGACCGUGAACAGCCUUUGUUUAGAGCUGCUACAAAGCACACUGGUAUGCAAUUUACAUCCUGGCCUAAAUCUUAGAAACCUGUGAAAUGAAAUGGAGCUUCAUUUUCAGGUGGAGCAGUGAAGUGAAUCAAGUCAGUGGUCAGAACAGAGAGGAUUCUGGGUCUUCAGUAUAA